CAAUCACGAUCCUCAUAGAAGGACCAUGGAUGGUUAACUUGGACAACAGAUGGUAAUAAUUUGAAAGUCGAAGGACCAUGAGUGGUCAAUUUAAAAGUUUAGGACUAAAUGUGGCAAAACCACUAUGCUUAGAGAACCUCAGAUGGUAUUAACUCAAAUUUUGAGUGUCAUAAAAUUUGAUUCUCUUUUGUAAAAGCUGUUAUUAUUUACAGACACAACAUAAAGCCUCAAAUAGGAGUAUGAGUGAUUUAGUUGGAUUCAUAUUUUGGCGGCUUUGAACAUUUGAUACUGAUUCACUAUCUUUCUGCUCAGGUUUUUUAGCAAUGGUAUUGGCAAGAGAUGCUGGAUUCCAAUCUUAUACUACAAGGUCUAAGUGUAUGUAUGAUGUGUUCUUGAGUUUUAGAGGAGAAGACACUCGCAAGACUUUUAUCGACCAGCUCUAUGCUGCCUUAGUGGAUGCAGGCUAUCACACAUUUAUAGAUAACCAUGAGAUAGAGCGGGGUGAAAAUAUCAAGUUGGGACUAAUUAGGGCAAUCAAUCAAUCUAGGAGUUCAAUCCUAGUCAUAUCUGAAAAUUAUGCUUCUUCUACAUGGUGCCUUGAUGAACUUUUGAUGAUUCUUGAAAACAAGAAGAGUAAAGCACAUAUUGUGAUGCCUAUGUUUUAUCACAUUGAUCCAUCUGAAGUGCAGGACCCAAUGGGGAGUUUUGCAACAGCAUUGGCUAAACAUGAAAACCGAUUUUUUCUAGAAAUUGAUGAGGGUCUGGAUGACCGAAUGAGUAAGGUUAAGUCAUGGAGGGCUGCUCUUAGAGAAGUUGCCAAUAUUGGAGGGAUGGUUUUGCAAAAGAAUGUUAUGCCUCAAAGCUCACAAGAGGCAUGGUUCAUCCAAAAGAUUGUUGAAGUGAUUGAAAAUAAACUAAAGCAUGCUGCUCAUAGUGGAGGUCCUAGCCCAAUUGGAAUAGAUGCUCAAGUUGAUCACAUCAGCAUGUGGUUACAAGAUAGAUCAUCUGGUAUUAGUACACUGGUAAUUUGUGGGAUUGCAGGAAUAGGGAAAACAACUCUUGCAAAUAUUGUAUAUAAUAAAAAUUAUGAGAGAUUUGAUGGUGGCUGCUUUCUUGAAAAUGUCCGGGAAACUUCAAGAAAACCUAAUGGUUUAGUUGAACUGCAAAGAGAAAUUCUCUCAUGCAUUCUAAACAGAAAACAUGAAAGAAUACUCAGUGUUGAAGAAGGGGUUGUCAAGCUUAAAGAUGCCAUGUGCUAUAGAAGAAUUAUUCUAAUUUUGGACGAUGUUGAUCAAGUUGAACUUUUGGAUGCAAUCAUUGGCAGUACAAGAGAUCUGUUUAACCUUGGAAGUAAAAUAAUUAUUACCACUAGGCAAGAAAAUUUGUUGAAGUCUUAUCAAGGUUGUGCAGUGCAUAAGCUUAGGUGUUUUCAUUCUUAUAUGUCACUGCAGAUCUUCAGUCAGCAUGCCUUUGGACAAAAUUUCCCCUCUGAUGCCUGGUUUGACCUUGCUGGAAGGAUAAGAGACCGCUGUCACGGGCUUCCUCUGGCUCUUAAGGUUUUGGGGUCUUCUCUCUUUGGGAAAAGUAUGGAUGUGUGGGAAAGUGUAAUAAGGAAAUUAGAAGCAAUUCCAAACAACAAAAUUCAAGAUAUUCUAAAAUCUUGUUAUGAUUGCUUAGCAGAUGAGCAUGACAAGAAUUUAUUUCUCCAUGUUGCCUGUUUCUUUGUUGGAAAGGAUAUGGCCCUUGUGGUUAAGGUAUUAGACACAUGUGGCUUCCAAACUCAAGUAGGCAUUGAGAACCUCAUUAAUAGAUGCCUCCUAGAAAUUGAUGAUAAUAACAUGUUGAAAAUGCAUCAAUUAAUUCAAGACAUGGGAAGAGAAGUUGUUCGACAAGAAUCACCCAAGGUUCCUAGUAGGCGGAGUAGAAUAUGGCAUCAUAAGGAUUCCCUUAAUAUUUUGAGAGAUAAAAGAGGAACAGGUGUAAUUGAAGGUCUUGCCCUCAACAUGCAAUAUAACCUGGAAAAUGAUGAUGACACUUUUAGGCCAUUGAAUCCUUUUGUGAAGCGAGAAUGUUUUACCUUCCUUUCCUGGUUCCAAGAUCCUGCUUCAAUGAUUUCAGAUGACAAGGUCCUUGAAACUGAUGCAUUCUUCCAAAUGGAUAACCUGAAAUUUCUUGAACUCAAUAAUGUUUGGCUCAAAGGGCACUACAGAGGUUUCCCUAAAGGUUUAAGAUGGCUCUGUUGGCAUGGAUUCUCUUCAAAGUAUUUGCCGAUUGACUUUCCUUUGGAGAGUUUGGUUGCUCUUGAGAUGACUAGUAGUACACUAGAAUGCAUAUGGCAAGGAAACAAGGAUGGCGCACUGUUGAAAAUCCUUGACUUGAGUCAUUCACAUAAGCUCCUCAGGACACCAGACUUCUCCAGAUUUCCAAAUCUUGAAACACUCGUGUUGAAAGACUGUAUAAGUUUGCUCAGGGUCCAUGAAUCUGUUGGCCACCUUGUGCGACUUGUUUCUCUGAAUCUAGAAGGUUGCAGAUCUUUGAAGGAGCUCCCAAGAAGUAUCGGAAACUUGAAAAACCUUGAAACAUUAGUCAUCUCCGGUUGCUCCAGUCUGGAUGAGUUGCCAUCUGCAGUGGAGUGGAUGGAAUCACUAAAGGUUCUCAAGGCUGAUAGAAUUUGGAAGUAUCAAUUAGAUUCCGCUACUCGUAAGACAAACUUUUGGCAGGCACCUCUAUGUUCUUGGGUGUCAAAGCCAAGAAAAUUUUUGAAUGUUUCAUUGCCGCGUUUACCACAAUCUUUAGUAAGUCUAAGUCUUGUGGAGUGUAAUCUGCUGGAGGAUGCUUUUCCAUUGGAAUUUGGCAACCUUGUUUUAUUGCAAAAACUAGAUUUGAGCAAAAACCCAAUGCGCUCCCUACCAGAGGGGAUCAGAAGACUUAGCAGUCUGCAGACACUAAGCUUUGAAUCAUGUCAUUUACUUCAGUCACUUAUUGGUCUACCUGAUGUUAAAGAGCUAUAUGUGAAUUACUGUAAAUCACUAAAAGCUGUAACUCAUCUUUCUACAAAUUUCAAAGUAGAGUAUCUUGGGAUCGCCGACUAUUGUGAAAAGCUGGUUGAGGUUCAUGGCUACUUCAAGAUAGAACCUAUUGGAGAACUUUGUGAAGAGUUCCUUGAAGCCUUGGGUUUUUUCAAGUUACAGAUGAUGGUGGACAUGCAUGUAAACUUUUUUGAUGGCAUAUCAACGUUUUACCCUGAGAAGUAUCCUAUCCAGCUACUCUAUGAAUUUGGCAUUUUUAGCACAUCAAUCCUAGCAAAAGAGCUUCCAGAAUGGUUUGAAACGAGAAGUACAGGAUCAUCAAUAUCAUUUGUUGUACCUUCUCAAUUGCAAGGUCUAAAUAUCAGUUUUUUGUAUGUGAAACCAAACUCCAAGAAUGAGGAAGCUGACUGGUUCCCUUUGCCGUUCUUCGUAAGUAUUACUAAUAAAACCAAAGAUCUCCGGUGGAUCUACAACCCUACAUGCUUCGGGAUUCCAGAAGCCGAAGAAAUGCUCUGGUUAAGCCACUGGUCGUUUAGAAAUGAGCUGGAAUGUGGUGAUGAAGUUGAUGUUUCAGUGGUUAUUGGGAAUGGGUUUCAGGUGAUGGAAUGCGGUAUUAACUUUAUAUAUCAAGAACUCGGAGAGGAUAUUCGAAAUAGUUACCUGUCCUGGAAAGAAGUCAUUGGUGGUGAUCUACGAGCAUAUCGUUUAAGCACAGGAGAAUACUUGCUCUGCCGUGCUACUUUCACACGCAACAAUGAAGCAAAACAAAUUUCUGAGCGUGCCAACUGGUCAACAACAAGCUGGGGAAAAAGUUUGUUUGAGGAGGACUCUAUAAAUUUCACUGAGAUUGAUGCAAUGACUUGGUUUGUACGGUACAAUGGCUAUAAAAGAGAGAAAUUGUUCUGACGCUCACAAAAAAGACCACUUUGUAUUCCUAAUACUCCUCGUCAAGCUGAAGGAAUGUACAUAAUUUAUUAACUGAAUGUACAUAAUUUUUAGACCUAACCCACAAUGCAAGGUGGAUCCUACUGCCUGGUAUAACAAUUGGGAACCAAAAACUUUUCACUGUUCUGACCUGAAUUUUAACUGAUAAUUUUAGGGUGUUAUAAUCA